GAGAGGUGGCCGUGUGGUAGAGGCUUGCAUUCGGGUGCGAGCGGAGGUUGUUGGCUGGUGUGCGGAGAGAGACUGUGGCAUCGUGGCGGAGUGACUAUCUACAUUGUUAAGUGUCGACUGGGGAGAUGUGAGGAAGCCAGCUGCUGUGUACCACGCUUCUGAAGUUGAAGAACGCAAUAAAUCAGUAGCCAUGUCGACUGGGAAGCGCAUAGCGAAGCGUUCCAUAUUGGGGACGCGAGUGGCAGCCUGUCGUGUGGAUGGACUGUACCACACAGGUGUCAUCUGUGGUACUAAAGUCGGGGACGGCUUUUCAGCUCCGCGAUAUUCGGUGCGCUUUGACGGAACAAGAUUCGUCGCUGAAUUCGGACCCAAUGACCUCGUUGGUCCGGGCUUUCUGUCUGUGUGUGAUAUAGAACUGUUACCAGAACAGAUGAUUCACGUGACACACAAUGGAAGAGAAACACAAGGCGUCGUCUUGAGCCACCGACCUGACUUGGACGAAGUAUGGAUCGAAAUCAAGCAAGGAUAUGGAAAGUUUGAGGUGAAGAAGCGCCUGGAGGAGGUGCGCCUGUGGGAGAGCCGUAAGUCGCCGCGGCUCAUCGACUCCGACACGGACUUCGCUCGGCUGGCCGACGUCGGCGUCGAGAAGCGACGAUCGCCCGGCGUCGACAUACCCGCCGCGCCGACCAGCUCGCGCAAGAGGCGCUCCUCGCCGUCCGGCUGGGAGGAGGUGGGCCCGGGCCCGGGCGCGGCCGCCGGCGGACUGGGACGUCCCGUCGGCGAGAUGACGGAGUGCACGGCCGCCAUGGUGCUCAUGUCGCUCUCGGCCAGCCCCAAGAGCCCCAAGUUCUCCUAUGACAGCGGUCCCAGCUGGAGUGACCAGAUGUCGAUCGGGUCCAGCGGCUCAGAGACGCCCUCGCCGCCGCUCAGUGACGUCACUGGGGCCGUCGGCAGCGUCGACGAGGGCAUCGACAUGGACGAGGACGGCGAUGACAGGAAGCGACAGAAUUCGACCCAGACGGUCUUCAAAUGCACUUGGCCAGGAUGCAAGAUGGUGACGUCGACCUGCUCUGCCAUCGAAAAACACGUCCGCAACGUGCACCUCGGCCGUCCGCCGCGCCAGGAGAACUCGGACCUCAGCGACCACGAAGAGGAGUUCUACUACACGGAGGUGGACGUCGCCAUGGAGAGCAUCAGCGACGGCAUGGCCGGCCUGUACGCCAGCUCGCCGCCGACCCUGUCGCACAUGGACAUGGCGCGGCCGCCGCACGAGGACCCGCAGUACCAGCGCGAGCUGGCGCUGCGCGCCGCCGGCGGCGACGUCGGCGCGGCGCCCAUCCCCAUACCGCAGCCGAGGCAGUCCUGGACACCGGCACUCUGGACCACGGCCGUAUCAAGCAAGUACCUCCGGCUUGGAGCCAAGGUGAUCACCAGCAGUCCCAAGACGUCGCCACACCACCGCCGGCUGCGCGGCGACGUCAAAAAGUGCCGCAAGGUGUACGGCAUGGAGCACCGGGAGCAGUGGUGUACACAGUGCAAGUGGAAAAAGGCCUGCACUCGUUUCUCGGUCGAGUGAGUGGCAAGCGCCACUUCUGCGCCGGUGGCGCCCCCGCUCGGAAAAGCCCCGAACCAUGCAUGGACGCCGUGCGGCCUGACGGGAGCUUCGUGAACUAUGUCGUGGCGGCCUCCGACCGUUCGCAGCGCCACACAGUGGGCAAAUGGAGAACUAAAGCCGUGGCCUUUGACGGAGUGGAGCCACCUGCGACGUGUACGGUCGUUCACAGCCAGAGCCUGCCCAACCAUCUGCCUGAGGCAACCAGGUGACACAAAGGCUGUCCAAGAAAUCUGAUGUUUUUGAAGCUUUAUGUGUCGUCCGGUCAGUCGAGUACAAAUAACUGUGAAUGUAGAGCUAUUUUGAUGACCCCAACCUCCCUCCGGUGUCGCAGCCGGUCGACCUGUGUAAAUCUAUCCCCAUUAUCCGUAGAGACCCAGCCAGCUCGGCCCGUUCUAGACCCUCUGAAGAUCCCACCUUUAGCCGCACGUCUUCUCAAAUCCGUGGAGCCCGCGUGGUGACCCGGCCCGGCCCGUCUCGACGGCUCGCGUGUGGUUCUUUUAUGUCUUUCAGAUGUGUACCGAGUCGCGAGUGCGGUCGGUGCCGGCUGGUCCGCGCGCGGCGGCGCCUAGGUUAGCCGCGUCCGUGGAGUGCCAUUGUUCGCUAGGUAUGGCCAUGGACUGGGUGACACCAGGUCACAACAGAGUUCGGCGGAGCCUGAGAUGGCGGGGCUGGGCAGCCCAGGAUCAGAUGGCGCCUUGGGAUGUAGUGGUCUCCGCAGACAGAAUCAAAUCAUCGAGGAUCAUUUACAGUGCAAACAUGUCGUUCACCGUGUCUCACACAGCUGCCGCCGCGGGGUUUUUGUGUAUGUUUGCCGGUCGCGGCUUGUCGGUCUCGUGCAGUGGUUUGGAACGGGUCAACAGUUGGCCACAGCCAGGCAGAAAUAUGGGUCGCAAUGCGUGCGCGGAGCCCGCUGAUACUGCUCCGGACGCCACGUUAGUACAAACUCCGCCUGUAAAUACCAUAUGCAAACCGUGUCAUUCGUUAGCUACCGCGCGACGACCGGGAGACGCUGCUCCCCUCUGUUGGCGAAAUUCUGCACUUGCACUUACCCAGCUGCCGCUGACGCCUGCGGACGCAUGUCGAGAGAGCGUUUUGUUUACGGUUUUGAGAGUUUAUUUCGCCGAGCGAUUUACGGCUACCUUGAGCAUGACUGGCCGAUGAGCUUGACUGGCGCCGUGCGGGGUGAGCGCGCUGCUGUCGCGGGCGCCGCUGGCUGCCGGGCUGAAUGUCGCGUGUCGUGUGUCCAGUGAUUUCGCGAGUACAAACUGGCGCCACCGCCGCCAGCCGAGCCACCGCGCGGGCAUUGCUGACGUAUUAGCUUUAAAGUCGCCCGCGCUGAACGGCCGUGACGGCAUGGAACUGCCCGCCGGCACUCGAACGCUGUCGAAAGGUCUCCUCGGUGACGCUGGACAGACACGGCACUCGGAACGCGUGGAGUGAGUGAGUGAGUGAGUGAGUGAUGAGUGAGUGAAUGAAUUAACAACGGAAGGGGUGAGUGAACGAGCGAGAACGUGCGUGCGAAGUGAGUAAAUGUGUAAGCGAGUAAGUGAGUGACAGUGAGCGCGAGUGCCUUUGUGUGAGCGAAUGCGUCUUCAUGCGUGUGCUUGUGCCUGUACGCUAACAGAUCGGGUGAGUGGAUGAGAAAUGAAGUGUGUGCGUUUGGGGGUAAUUGGACGGACGCGGAGUGACAGAAGGAAGAGGGGGGGAGACCAAGCUGGUUUUGCAAGAACGUUUGGAGAGAGCGCUGAACUCAUUUGGGCAUCGGAGCAUCAAGGGUACGGCUUCCCCUGUCUGCGAUGGAUGUACAUACAGAUGUAAAUUAUAUUUUUAAAAUAA